GGGCAUCACGCACCUCAGCACACGUCAGCCCCUUUCUCUCUCUAGCCUCUCCAUCUUUCUCUCUCUCCGCCAUUGAAACAUUGGAUUGAAGUAAUCUUUUGUGAAAGGUUGAUUAUAGAAAACUCAAUUUUUCAUUGGCUUUACUUCAAAAUCAAUGGAAUUGUAAUCUGUAACAAGCCUUGAACUUUAUCAUCAUCAGAAAUUCAUCACACAACACAGAAAUUCUAGAGAGGGAGAGGAGGAGAGCAGGUGUGCAGAUGUAGAGAGAGAGAGACAGACAGAAAUGCCAAGCGUUGCUGUGAAGCUCUACAGCGUGUUCUUCAAAUUCCUUCUCAAACACCGUUUACAGAACCGAAUUCAGAGCUCUCAGGAUGAGAGUGACCACCCCUUCGGCGUCACGUCGCGGCCCGAGGAGUCCAUCGCCGCCGUCAACCCUUCUUUUACCGACGGUGUCGCCACCAAGGACAUCCACAUCGACCCCUUUACCUCUCUCUCCAUCCGAAUCUUCCUUCCCGAUUCGUGCUUAGUCUCGCUCGAUUCAGAUUCUAAGUCGCAAUCGAAACCUAAGGUUAGGGCUACAACGAGAUCUGCUCCGAAUGAUCCAAAUCAUACGGAGAAUUAUAGAAGGAAUAGUUAUAGUUGUAGUAAUGAAGAUUUGAAUUCGAAGUCGGAGAGUGGUGUUUACAGAGGCUACUCGCCGUCGAUUGACAAUUGUCGGAAAUUGCCGGUGAUGUUGCAAUUUCACGGCGGGGGGUUUGUGAGUGGGAGCAAUGAUUCGGUGGCGAACGACUUCUUCUGUCGGCGGAUAGCAAAAUUGUGUGAUGUGAUUGUUCUCGCCGUCGGGUAUAGGCUUGCGCCGGAGAAUCGUUAUCCGGCGGCCUUUGAAGAUGGGUUUAAGGUGUUGCAUUGGCUGGCAAAGCAGGCGAAUUUGGCGGAAUGUAGCAGGUCAUUGGGGAACAAACGGGGCGGUGGAGCGGAAUUGAAGAGAUCAGAUGUUCAUAGGCAUAUUGCAGAUGCAUUCGGGGCCUCAACGGUGGAGCCUUGGUUGGCUGUUCAUGGAGAUCCUUCCAGAUGUCUUCUUCUUGGGGUGAGCUGUGGUGCAAACAUUGCAGACUAUGUGGCUCGGAAAGCCGUGGAGGCAGCGAAACUUUUAGAUCCAGUCAAGGUGGUGGCGCAGGUAUUGAUGUAUCCUUUCUUCACUGGAAGUGUUCCUACACAUUCUGAGAUAAAAUUGGCAAACUCCUACUUCUAUGACAAGGCCAUGUGCAUACUUGCAUGGAAACUCUUUUUACCUGAGGAGGAGUUCAGCCUGGACCACUCUGCUGCCAACCCCCUUAUCCCGGGUAGAGUGCCACCAUUAAAGCUCAUGCCCCCUACACUGACAGUGGUAGCAGAGCAUGACUGGAUGAGGGACCGAGCCAUUGCUUACUCAGAGGAGCUCCGGAAGGUAAAUGUUGAUGCACCUGUUCUCGAAUAUAAGGAUGCAGUUCAUGAAUUUGCAACUCUUGACAUGCUCCUUAGGACCCCCCAAGCUCAGGCCUGUGCAGAGGACAUUGCUAUCUGGGCUAAGAAGUACAUCUCACUUCGGGGCCACGAGUUUUCUUAUUAAGUAGGAGAACAAGUCCAGAAACACUUGCUGCAGGACUACCAUUUAUCGAUAUCAUUGCAUGGCUCGGGGAUUGAAGUUCGUUGAGUUGGUUGUUUCUGGCUCUAGCUCCUGGGUUAUACCACAGUUUUCUUAUAUAUAUAUAUAUAUAUAUUCUUUGCGCUGUAUCUUUAUAAAAUAGAGAAAUUUGUUCAAGGGUAGGACUUAGUUGAGUAUCUCCUGUUCAGAGCAAUGCACGCCACAUUUGGAUUUUGGACGUCCUUGUUAACAUUUUGGCGUGUGUAUUAAGUUGUACCAUUUCUCAUGAAUAUAAAAAGUAAUUAUGAAAUGUUCUUCAGUCAUAAAUAUUUUCUUGUUCUA